CAGGUGCCCGGGAUUGAUUCCUGCCGGGGAAGGGAGCGGGGCUGGCUCGGGAGAGCCGCCGCCGCCCGCUGCCUUUGUUCGGGGACAUGCAACAGUUCCCCCGAAGUUGCUGCCGCGGCUAGAGCGGGCGCCCGGCUGCUCCGGCCCCGCCGCGAUGGGGAGCGAGGACUGAGCCAGCCCCGUGGCCCCGGGCAGUGCUGGGGGCCUGGCGGGAUGGGUGGGGGCUGACCGCUCUCCGCAGCACCAUCCGCUGCCCGGAGCCCGCAGCAUCUUCCCGGGUAGGGGGAGCCCGGGGAAGCGGCUUUUGGCUGGUUCGUGCCAGGGGGGCUGCUGGCUUUGCCCAACUCUCUGUGGGAAGAGCCUCCCGCUUGUGGGGGAGAAGCCACUACCUAUUGCAAUUAGCCCUGGGCCAGCGAGCCAGCCCCCUGCGGCCAGCCCCCGGCCCCCGGCCACUGGGAGGCUCAGGGCCAUUGGUAAGAAGCUCCCUGGAUUUUGUUUCGAAUCCUGUCUUUUUUCUGCUGGCAGCAAUGAGGGACGAUGCCGGUUGUAUUUCUUCCUGGUGAGCGAAGCCCUCCAGCUCUGCGUCCUCAGGCUGCUGGGGGUCUGCACUUCCACUGAGGAGGGCACAGAGAGGGCACCCUGCCUUGGAGCCGCUGAGAUCUACUGCCCAGCCACAUCGCUUCCCGCCAGGGGCUACCGAGACCAAACGCUUUUGCAUGAAGCCUGGGGGAGGCGUUUCGGAUGAGGCGCCUGGUGGCUUGGCUAUACCAUGGGCACCAAGCACACCAAAGGAUGCCAGCCUCCCGGUGCAGGGGAGAGCCCCCAGCCACACAAUCCAGGCUCCCGCAAGAAGAUGCCAGCUAGGGACCGGGGAGACUUCCUAGCAUCCUUCAUGGUGAAGUCCAGUGAUAAGUUUGGGAAGAGUGGUGGCAACUUGCCCCCUUACCACCGGCGGAUCAGUAUGAUCCAGGACAUGCUGCUGCUAGUGAAGCAAGGGAAACAGGACGAGGCAACUGAACUGCUGAAACACCUGCGACAGGACUUAGGAAUGGAAUCAACCUCUCUGGAUGACGUCCUGUAUAGAUAUGCCAGCUUCCGAAACCUGGUGGAUCCAAUCACCCAUGACUUGAUCAUCAGUCUCGCUAGAUACAUUCAUUGCCCCAAACCGGAGGGAGACUCGUUUGGAGCCAUGGAGAAGGUCUGCAGGCAGCUGACCUACCACCUCAGCCCUCACUCGCAGUGGAGACGUCAAGGGAUCAUGAAGAGGAAGCCACAGUCCUGCUUGAAAGCUAUCCUGGUGGGGACGCCUCAGAACAACACAGUAGAUCUCUCUGGCAUCCCUCUGACACUGAAGGACUUGGACCGUAUCAUCUCAUACCUCCAGCACAGCUCAGAGCACAUUGACAAUGUGGAGCUGUGCUUCACGGAGCUGACUGAUGAGAUGUUCCUUCAACUUCUGCCCAUCCUCAGUGCCCUGCCUCACCUCACCACUCUAUCCCUGAAUGGCAACAGACUCACCAAAGCAAUCCUUCGGGACCUGACAGAAACACUGAAGGACCCCAAGAAGUUCUCCAGUGUGACGUGGAUUGAUCUGGGCAACAACGUGGAUAUCUUUUCUUUGCCGCAGCCAUUUUUGGUCAGCCUCAAGAAACGCUGUCCCAAGCAAGGCAACUUGCCAACCAUUCUGGAGUUCGGGGAGGGCCAGAUGAGUGACUUGGAAAGCCAAGAGGGCCUGGCGGAGAGCCAAGAGGAUCUGUGCUCAGCCGACGAAGAUGGAAACCAACCUGACAAGAUCAACAAUACAGGCACCAAACGGCUGCUGACAGAGAGAACAAUUGAGGUUGGGACACUGACAAAUAAAUGUGACUCUGAGCAGGAAGCUGCUUGUGAGGCAGCUCAGACAUGAUGUUCAGCUGUGUGUCACUUGGCUGGGUACUUUGAAAAGAGACACUUUAAAACUGAUACCUCACCUAUGAAGGUUCUUAUUAAGUGUUGAUUUACAUGUUCAGAUGUCUACACAAUCAAUGCUUUGAGACUUUAGACUGUUGCCUCAUCAGUUUCCUCUCAUCAUAUGAAUGUCAACCGAUUUUGUUUCAUAGAGAACAUAAAAAUGUGAUCAAGUUGUAUACUUAUAUUUUAUAAAGCUGGCCACGUAUUUUUAAACAUUAGCAACGAGCUGUGCUUUUUAUCUCUCUCUCUCUCAAAAACAAAAACAAAAAAAAAUCUAUAUCACCAAGGUAUCGUAAUGCCAGUUCCUUCAAUAGCACAAAAGGAGAAGAAAAUAGCAAACAGAAUUUGCAGGAGAGGUCUCUGUUUUGAGAUGAGAUCAUUCUGACUGAAUCUAGCAAAAUCGUGGUUUUAAAGUUUUCUCUCUUGUAAACGAUGGGUAAAUGGCUGCCACCCUAACUAAGGAGGACUCUUGCGGAGACCAAAUUAAACCUAUCCCCACUCUGAAUUCAAACCGCAUUGAAGAGUAGCAUCCUUGGUCAAUGACAAAACAACCGGGGAAUAUUUCCUUGCACCAGCCAGUAAGGAUGAAAUUCACCUCCUGUGCAGAGGGGUCAGCACAAGGAGAAUGUGCCCCGUAAGACCUGUUCUAAUUGGAGUAUAAUUGUUGGGCUAGGCAUAUGUACAGGGGUGAAUUUCCACUGCAAAUUCUUGCUCCUUACCACCACCAUUUGGAAUCUAGAAAGGCUGUCUCACUCUCUGGCCUUACAGGAGUUGGAUCAGCAAGAUGUCCAGUACCGAGAGCACAUUUGGUCCUAGAGUUUGGCUACGACUCCCCCUACUGUAAAUACCUCCAUUGCUUUCAGUGAAGUUACUUGGCGUUUACGUCACCGUAACUGAGAGCAGAAGUUGGGACCAUGUGCAAAGUCUGAAUUUGAGGGUUUGGUUCAGGCCCAUCUCUAGUACAUGUAAAAGGGACAGAGCUGUUCCUAACAGAUAUUUAUUACAAUAUGGAAUGUUUAUAGAAGAAAAAUGAACAAAAAUUUUCCUGGGGAAAUUUUUUAAUACACUGCCAUUCCGAGGUGGGCAGGCACAAGCCAACGGAAGAUCUGGAAGGCCUGUACCAGUCUUUUAGGUUACUUGACUGCCCCUACUCCCAAUGACCAGAAGUGCUUUGUUUCUAACAUUUUUAGAAGAGAAACGGUUUUGAAUUUCUGAUAGUAAAUGGAGAUGGGACCUGCACUGCUGGCUUUGAACCUGGAUCCUGUCUUCCCCAAAGUUCAGGGGAGUUUGGAGCUGGAAUUUGCAGUGAGACCCAUCUUUCUAGAGCAUUUCAGUACACGUAAAGGACCAAAUCUGAUUUCCUGGCAUGAAAUGUAGCCAUUCGGCUUUCUGUUUGUGUCCUGUUCUUUGAAUAGCUUUACAGCAUCAUCUCCUUGGCUCAGGCAUGAGUGACAACUCUUUUGGCUUCAUCUACAGGUACAAAUACAUUCAGAGAGUUUUCAAGCUUCCCUUUGGCACUAGCCUCAUAACAUUGCUACACUACCAGUCUGCUUCCCCUCCACAUGCAAGAAAAUACCUUAUAAGAGAUUCUGCUACUCGUUUAAAUACAGCUGGCAAAAUUUAUUAUGAUUUGCAUGUAGCUAACAUUGUUUUUCUAACUGCUCAUUCUUUUCGCCAGGCAUAAAAACUUUGCAGUGAAUAAACUUUUUCUGUUUGCAAUAAAAGAGCUAUCCAUAAUCAAAAUAAAGGACAGUGUUUAAUAGAGA